AUGGAUUGGUUUCACUGCAACCUGUGUUUCCGAAAAGAUGGGGCCCAUUUCUUUGUCACCAGCUGUGGCCAUAUUUUCUGUAAAAAGUGUUUGACUCUGGAUAAAUGUGCUGUUUGUGGAACUGCCUGCAAGUAUCUGGCUCUUUCUGAUAAUCUGAAACCUCAGGAGAAGAUGUACUUCAAAAGCCCUGUGGAGACAGCUUUGCAGUAUUUUAGUCACAUCUCUCAGGUGUGGAGUUUCCAGAAGAAGCAAACAGAUCUCCUCAUCGCCUUUUAUAAGCAUAGAAUUACCAAGUUAGAAGCAGCCACGCAGGAGGCACAGCAAACACUGACUAACCAGGACAAAGAGCUGUCAGUCUUAAGGAAAGAGAAUGGAGAACUGAAGAAAUUGCUAGCCAUCCUAAAGGAAUCUCCAAGUUGGUACCAAGGAAGCAGGUCAACCACACCUCGACCAGUGGGCAUUACUUCUCCAUCACAGUCAGUUACUCCACGACCCAGUUCUCAGCAUAGCAGCCAAGUGGUCAGUCGGUCCUCCUCAGUGGAAUCUAUCCUUUAUAGAGGGGCUGGCUUUAGUAACUUGGGACAGGGAGCCAGAGCGCUGCAGGGAAGGAGCACUCCAAGAGACUCUUUUACUGAAACCCCUUCACCAGCUUCCACUCACAGCCUAUCUUAUAGACCUUCAUCUGCCUCCUCCGGACAGGGGAUUUUUUCUUUCAGACCAUCCCUAAGUGGUGGGGAUUCAGGUCAAAUAGGAGUCCUCACCCCCAAUAAUUCAGGUCAGAGGGAGAGCAGAACCACACUAGAGGGUCUUCCUGGUUUCCAGCUACCAGCCCUACAGAAUCUCUACCAACAGAGGCAGAUGGGAUUAGCCAGGGGGAGAGAAGCAUGGAACACUCCCAGAUAG